UUUAUUUUUGUGGAAAUGUUGGUUUCGAGAGUCAUUGCUUCAGAACCGAGUGCUCUGCAUCUUCACUCCGAGUGGGAGGAGGUGCGGGAGGGGGCAAUGCAACGGAAGCGUCAGCUGGAAGGGAUGCUGUCCGACGGACGCAGCUUCGACGAGAGGAGGAGGGAAGUAGAGAACUGGCUAUCUAGAUUGCAGUCUCGUUUGGAACGUCUUCCACCCGUCGGCCAAACACUCGAUAUUCUAGAAGCGCAGCUCAAAGAACAAAAAGUUUUGCAAGCUGAAGUAAGCCAGUGGAAAAGCGCUGUUGAAGGAGUUACACGGACCGCACAUAAAAUUGCCGCUGAUUGCCCGCACGAUGAUGCAAACAGACUGCGAACCAUUGCUGAUCGUAUCAAUCAGAGAUAUACAGAACUUGCCAUCAGUGUGCAGUCACGAGGAAAAGCACUGUUAAAUGCUUUGAAUUCCCUACAACAACUGGACAAAGCUCUAGACCGAUUUCUUGCAUGGUUGUCAGAGACAGAAUCUGCAUUAGAAUUACUUGAAGCUGAAGAAGAAAAGUAUGGGCCUAGAGAUGAUUUCCAUCGGUCUCGUGGGUGUCAUGAACAGAUCAGAGAUUUACAGAGAGAAAUAGAAUCUCAAAGGGAUCUCCACCAAACUUUAAGUGAAAGGAGUAGCCACUUGUUGCAAAGUCUGGAAAGUCAAGAUGAUGCUUUGCUUCUUGGGCGUAAAUUACAGGAAAUGAAUCAUAGGUGGAAUGCCCUCAGGCUGAAAACGGUGUCACUCAGAAAUCGUUUAGAAAGUAGUGCAGAUCAGUGGAAUCAACUUCUUUUGUCAUUAAGAGAACUAACUGAAUGGGUAAUAAAAAAGGAAACAGAAUUAUCUGCUCAACCUGCUAUUGGUGGAGAUGUUGGUUGUAUAGUUAAACAGCAAGAUGAGCACAGGGCUUUCCGAAGGCAGCUCGACGACAAAAGACCUGUUGUAGAAAGUAGUCUUCUGGCAGGUAGACAUUAUGUUGCAAAAGAACCACCUCUUUCUGAUACCAGUGAUUCAGAAGCAAAAGAAUUUGAAGGUGAUAGUCGGGGUUAUCGCAGUGCUGAAGAACAAGCAAGAGAAAUCACUCGAAGUAUUAGGAGGGAAGUUAAAAAGCUGUCAGACAAAUGGAAUGGUCUAUUACAAAGAACAGAACAGAGACAGAAGCGACUUGAUGAUGUUCUAGUGAAAAUGCAGACCUUACAAAGAGCAAUGGAUGAUCUUAACACAAGGCUGCAUUCAGCUGAGACUGCAAAAUCUAAGUGGCCUCCAGUUUCUGAAUUUGUCUUAGACCAACUGCCUGAACAAGUUGAUGAACUUAAAGCAUUUAAGGAUCGUACUGCACCCCUUCAAAUGCAUGUUGAUGAGGUGAAUGAGGCUGCUGCUCGCAUUACGGGUUGUAAUGUAUUGCUGUCUCACUCUAAUCUCAAUAGACUAGAAGAACUAAAUACACGAUGGAGAUUACUGCAGUUAGCUGUUGAUGAUCGACGUAAACAAUUAGAGCACUGUUUGUUAGAUCAGGGCUCAGCUCAGCAGCAAUUUUUGAGUGCUUCUGUUACUCAUCCGUGGGAAAGAGCUGUUGCUGGAAACAAAGUGCCUUAUUAUGUAAAUCAUCUAACUGAAACUACUCAUUGGGACCAUCCAAAAAUGAUUGAACUAAUGGAUUCAUUAGCUGAAUUAAAUGAUAUACGAUACUCUGCAUAUAGAACAGCAAUGAAGCUUCGGCCAGUACAAAAAAGAGUUUGCUUGGACAUGGUGAAUAUGAAUAAUUAUGAUUUAAGAAAUUCUCUCCUUUUUGUAGAUUUAUUUUGUCUGAUUGCUGAUGUUAAUGGUUGUGCUGAUGAAAGGAAAUUAGGAUUGUUGCUACAUGAUUGUGUACAGAUUCCUCGUCUUCUUGGAGAAAUAGCAGCUUUUGGUGGAAGCAACAUUGAACCUAGUGUUAGAAGCUGUUUUGAAAAGGCGGGAAAUCAGAAAGAAAUCCAAGCUAGUCAUUUCUUAACAUGGUUGCAACAAGAACCUCAAUCUUUAGUUUGGCUUCCAGUUCUUCAUAGGAUGGCUGCAGCAGAAACUGCUAAACAUCAGGCAAAAUGCAAUAUUUGUAAACAGUAUCCAAUAGUUGGAUUUAGGUAUCGUUGUCUAAAAUGUUUUAAUAUCGAUUUAUGUCAGAAUUGCUUUUUCUCUGGUAGAAAAGCUAAAAAUCAUAAGCUCACACAUCCUAUGCAAGAAUAUUGCACAGCUACAACAUCAGGUGAAGAUGUCCGAGACUUCACAAAAAUAAUGAAGAACAAAUUCAAGUCAAAACGAUACUUCAAAAAGCAUCAAAGGCUAGGCUACCUCCCUGUACAAACAGUUCUAGAAGGGGAUGAUCUGGAAAGUCCUGCUCCAUCUCCUCAACAUACACUGUCAUCACAAGAAAUGCAUUCCAGACUUGAACUUUAUGCUAGCAGGUUAGCUGAAGUAGAGUUGAGAGCAAGGAGCAAUUCAACGCCAGAUUCAAGUGAAGAUGAACAUCAGUUGAUUGCACAGUAUUGUCAGACCUUGAGUGGAGAACUGGCAUUACCUGUGCCAAGAAGUCCUGCACAAAUUAUGGCUUCAAUUGAUGCUGAACAAAGAGAAGAGCUGGAAGCAAUGAUUCAUGAAUUAGAAGAAGAAAACAGGCAUUUACAAUCAGAAUAUGAAAGGCUUCAAGGAUCUAGAAGCUGUCGGAGUGUUUCACCAACAGUCACAGAAGAAGAAGAAGAACAGACACCUCUAACGCCAAUCCGAGAUGAAGAGAUGUUGGCAGAAGCUAAGUUAUUAAGGCAGCAUAAAGGUCGUUUAGAAGCUAGAAUGCAAAUUCUAGAAGAUCACAAUAGGCAAUUAGAAGCACAGCUACAUCGCUUGAGGCAGCUUUUAGAUGAACCUCAACCAGUUCCAGGCCGUGGCAAUCCUCAAAAUAAUGGCUAUGGAACACCUCAAACUUCAUGGAAUCGUACUGUUAUCGUCGAGCAAAAUUCAAGGAGAAAUGGCCAAAUAUCAGAUCAUAGUGGUUCUGCUCGUGUUGGUGAUCUGUUACACAUGGCAGGAAACUUAGGCAAAGCUGUCGGCACACUCGUAACAGUAAUGACAGAUGAUGAAGAUGCUAGCGCCUCAGAGGAUGAACUGAAACAGUGACUCAUUUUUUAGUCUGUCAUAAUUUCUCCUUAAAUUCAUGUGUACUGGACCAGCAUAAAUGCAGAAGAAAGCAAAAAAACCUUUUGCAUCGAGAUAUCUCAAAAGACCAUACCUCAUGCAUGUGCAUUUGUGUAAACUGGAUGCGAAACAUAUCAUAGACCAUUGUCUGGACGUCACUUCGUGUUUGCCUUAGUAUUUGCACAAGGGGUGUCUCUUCAUAUGUGACUAUGAAUAGUAUUUUUUUAAAUUGUGUAUCUAAGUCGCUUUUGCGUUGAGUACUGGUUGUUUGCUUAGGAUGCAAAUAGCUAUAUUUCUUUCCGAAAUGCUGAAGCUCGGCACCUAAAAUUUCCAUCUGUGUCAUUGUUAGAAAUUUAAAUUUUAAUAUGUCUUUUUUGUGAAUAUAUUUGUUUACUUUGGAGAUUAACCUUUUCAUCAUAUCAUGAUUUUUGUUAUAAUCAUUUCAAAUUUAUAUUUUUCAUAUUCUGUAAAUUAAGAGUGUUAUAGAAACAAAGUGUUUCGUGCAAUGUACUUUAAAUUAUCGAAAAAUUAAUCUUGAUCAAAGUUGUACUGAAAUGCUCAUUGUUUUAUUCCAUUAGUAACAUAACUGUAAUGUAUGUAUUGGACAUAUUUUCAUAAUUUAGAUGAAACCUAAGUAAGCGAGAUCCUGUAGUUUAUGUUCAGUUAAACAAGUGGACGUUUGUCUUCUUGAGCCUACUAACUGUAUCAUAUUGUAUCUUUAUUAUGUUUACUUUAUAAUUUUGGACCAAAAGUUGUUUUUGGAAGCAAUUCAGGUCCCAGGAACCUGGGCAGAAGAAUUCAUUACACAAAGUAGUGUUUUCAUGUGCCAUAUCACGAACAUCUCACAGAAUACUACAUUAAAAAACUGCAAAUGUUUGCGACAUCGCUCAACAUUGUCUGUAUGAUGUGCAUUUUCCUGUACCUUCUUUUUUAAUAUAUACACAAGUGGUACUCGUACAAAUUAGAGAUUAAAGGAAGCAUUAAAAUUCAUAUCAUUUGUUGAAAAGAAUUUGUGUAAUUUUCAUAAUGUUUUUGUACUUCAUAUUAGGAAUACAUGGUCUUGGGAAGCAAGGAAGACAUUCUCCCAUGCAGCAUCAAUUCUACCUUUUUUUUUUCUAUGCCUAUGAAAUUAUUAAAUAAAAUAAUUGCUUGAGACAAGUAAAAUCUAAUGUUAAUUUCUUUUCUAUGCUCUUGAGUUCAUCAUUUUCCCCCAUAUGUCAUAUUUGAGUUUUACAUUUUAUUGUGGUUCUUCCAGUGGGGAAAAAUGAAUACAAUAAGAUGUUUACAUGCACAUAUUUUAUAUGGUAAUUAAAAUUGGAGAUUCUUUGCACUUCAUGGUGAGUGUAAAAUGUUCAAACCCAUUAGCAGCAAUAAAGUCAAUAAUUAAGUGAGGAA